CCGCGGCUUCUGACAGUGAAGGAGAGGAGAAAUAUGGGGUCUCUCCCGGUGCCGAGCGUGCAGGCGAUGGUGGCGGCCAACGGUGCUGCCCAUGUCCCACCCAGAUACCUCCGGCCGACACACGAUGAGGUCGUCGUCGCGGCCGCCGGCGAGUCGGAGAUCCCCGUCAUUGACUUCCGGCGGCUGCAGCUCGGCGACGGCGAGGCGUUGUCACGUCUCCACAUUGCCUGCCAGGACUGGGGCUUCUUCCAGCUGAUCAACCACAGCGUCGCAGAAGAUGUGAUGGAGACGAUGAAGUCCAGCCUGCAGGGGUUCUUCCAGCUGCCUGCGGAAACCAAGAAGCAGUUCGCUCAGGAGCCAGGGCAGCUGGAAGGCUACGGCCAGCUGUUCGUCGUCUCUGAAGACCAGAAGCUCGACUGGGCCGACAGUCUCUACGUGCACUCGCAGCCGUCGCAGGACAGGAAGCUCAGGUUCUGGCCUGACCAACCUGCCGGCUUCAGAAUGGCGCUGGACAGAUACUGCGCCGCCGUGAGGGACGUGGCGGACGGCCUGCUGGCUGCCAUGGCCAGCAACCUGGGGCUGCACCGAGACGUGAUCACGGGGAGAUGCGGCGGCGCCGGCGGUGGGAUGCAGAUGGUGAGGAUGCAGUGCUACCCUCCGUGCGCGCAGGCGGACAAAGUGGUCGGCAUCUCGCCUCACUCUGACGCCGAUCUCGUGACGAUUCUCCUCCAAGUGAACGGGGUGGAUGGGCUGCACAUCAUGAGAAAUAAUGGGGCUUGGCUUCCCGUCAGCCCUCUUGAGGGUGCUUUCGUUGUCAAUGUGGGAGACGUUCUUCAGGUAUUCACUAAUGGAAGGUACAGGAGUGUUGAGCACCGGGUAGUGGUGGAUGGGGAGAAAGAGCGGCUGUCAAUGGCGACCUUCCAUUGUCCUAGCAGAAAUGCCGUCGUAGGUCCUCUCAGCGAGACUGUGGCGCAAGAAGUCGAUGCUGCGUAUGGAAGCAGGGACUACGACGAGCUUCUGAAACUCUUCUUCGCCAAGAAGCUGGACGGGAAGAGCUUCUUGGACCCGAUCAAGAAGAACAAGACCAGCGGGUGACGAAAGAGCCUUCCUCCGGUAAAAGUGUUUUCACGUCUUGGCAGCAUGCCCUCCCAUUUUGUGAAUACAUACAACUAGUUAUUUUUCUUUUUUUUAAAAAAAUUAAAUGUUGUUGGUACAAUAUAUAUCUACUGCCUUCGUACUUAAAUAUAAUAGAUUAUGAGGAUAAAUCUGUUUAUCAUUCUCAAUCUAAAC